GUAAUGCAUUUGUGGUGAGCCUAGCUUUGGCUGAUCUGGUGGUGGCCUUGUAUCCAUACCCACUGGUGCUCUUAGCUAUUUUCCACAAUGGAUGGACAUUGGGUGAAAUUCACUGUAAAGUGAGUGGCUUUGUGAUGGGACUAAGUGUAAUAGGCUCUAUUUUCAACAUCACUGCAAUUGCAAUAAAUCGAUAUUGCUAUAUAUGUCAUAGUUUUGCCUAUGACAAAGUGUACAGCUGUUGGAACACGAUGCUGUAUGUCUCCUUAGUCUGGGUAUUAACAGUAAUUGCGACUGUGCCAAAUUUUUUUGUUGGCUCUUUAAAAUAUGAUCCACGCAUCUAUUCAUGCACGUUUGUUCAGACUGCAAGUUCCUACUAUACGAUAGCUGUUGUGGUAAUUCACUUCAUCGUCCCUAUCACCAUUGUGAGCUUCUGCUACCUUCGAAUUUGGGUUUUAGUGCUUCAAGUUAGAAGACGAGUCAAGUCAGAAACAAAGCCAGGACUGAAGCCAAGUGAUUUCAGAAACUUUCUUACCAUGUUUGUGGUUUUUGUGAUUUUUGCCUUUUGCUGGGCACCUCUAAACUUCAUUGGACUGGCUGUAGCCAUUGAUCCUAUGGAAAUGGCACCAAAAGUUCCUGAGUGGUUAUUCAUUAUAAGCUACUUCAUGGCCUAUUUCAACAGUUGCCUUAAUGCAAUAAUAUAUGGACUUCUUAAUCAGAAUUUUCGGAAUGAAUACAAACGAAUUUUAAUGUCACUGUGGAUGCCAAGGCUUUUCUUCCAGGACACAUCCAAAGGAGGAACUGAUGGUCAGAAGAGCAAGCCUUCUCCUGCUUUAAACAACAAUGACCAAAUGAAAACUGAUACCUUGUAAAUGUGUAAUAGUCAGUGCAAGAGCUUGUCAUGGAGAAACCCAAGAAUAUAGUUGUAAUAUUCUGGUCAUUCUUGCUUACUUUUGGGGGCUUUUCAUUUGAAUGCGCUUCGUGACUGGAAUACUGUCUUCUUGAUAAAGCA